CGCAUCUCAAAACAUAGUGAACUGCCUACCUGGAAAAGCUUUUUGAAACCUCAUAAAUGCGCGUUCCGGUUGCUUUGUGAACAGGCAGCUCACUAGUCACAGCCGAGUGUGCAUAUACCCACCCCGCCUCUCUCCAGCUAAUGCCCGCGCCCUGUCAAUCUAUAUGCUUGCUGAGAGGGAGGACGGGGGGAAACCGAAACAGAGCGGGUCCAAGGGGGGAAGAGGCGCAUGAAAACAUCCAUGGGUGGCUGUGUGGGCAGUCAUCAUGAUUCUUCAGGCAGUUUAAACGAAAACUCGGACGGAACCGGAGUUGCACUGGGGCGAAACCAGCCCCUGAAGAGAGAGAAGCCCAAAUGGAAGAGCGACUACCCAAUGACUGAUGGGCAGCUGCGCAGCAAGCGUGAUGAAUUCUGGGAUACCGCACCGGCUUUUGAAGGCCGCAAGGAAAUUUGGGAUGCACUUAAGGCAGCUGCCCAGGCCUUUGAGAGCAAUGACCAUGAACUUGCUCAAGCCAUAAUUGAUGGCGCCAGCAUAACAUUACCACACGGUGCUCUGACUGAAUGCUACGAUGAGCUGGGGAACCGCUACCAACUGCACGUCUACUGCCUCUCCCCUCCUGUCAACAUGAUCGAGGAAAAGAGCGAGUCGGAGACCAUUGAGAUCCCAGAAGCUCCAGCUAGCGAAGGCCCGGAGUGCCAGUUGCGUCUGCGUCUCUCCACGGGACGAGAUCUACGCCUGGCCGUUCGCACCAGCGACAAUGUCCAGCAGAUGAAGCGCCGUCUGCAAACCCAGGAAGGUGUAUUGGCCACCAGCCAGCGCUGGUUCUUCUCAGGCCAACCACUCGCUGACAAGAUGAAGCUGGAAGAACUGAAGAUCUCCAGAGACUAUGUCAUUCAGGUGAUUGUCAGCCAGCCUCCCACAACCCCACCACUGCCGCAGAACCCCACUCCUGUGGAAAACUAAUGCCUCAUUGGGGAUAUUAACCACCACACCAAGUGCGCAUGUGAGAGGAUAUCAAUGUGCAUAGGCUGCAAGAUUAUUCAGAAGAUUUCUCUAUUUUUGGAUUGGCCAUUCGAGUCUAGAGUGAUGAACCUCUAAAGGCUUCUCCCUUCAAACACUCACUGCCUUUGACUUAUAGCUUUUCUAAGGGAGUUGAGACUCAGAUGUUCUGUUUAAAAGCCUCAGGUCUAGAAAACUGGAGCCCUGAAUUGAUCAAGAGAAGUCCAAAAAGUAUGGAUUUGGCAAGGGAAACUUAAUAAUGCUUUGUUAUUUUUAAGAUUGAGUUAUAAGCUUCAUAUUCUUUUCUCUUUUUUUCUUGUGACGAGAUAAAUAUGUCUGCAAGGCAGACCAGAAGUGUGGACCUACCUGUGUCUGUAAGAACUUGAAUUCUGAAACAGAGACACUUGGGGCCAAAAGGACAUUUUAAACUGCUAUUGGCUUUUAGCAAUAGGAAAAUCACUUGUUGGACUGUUUUCAUAUUUUUUUCGUUUUUAUU